GCAAGCGCCACGACGUGUCCAUAUAUGACCUUAGAACAGAAAGCUGCCUCGUCUGGAGGCAAAGUUUGGGGGAGCCCUGUCCACUCCCACCCUCGCGCGCUCUCGCCUCCCCCUUCUGCGAGGUCACUCGCGUGCAGAACGCGAGCACCAACUACUCGCCCUCCGCUCCCGACUUCCUUCUGAGCGCCAAAUAAAUCGGGAGCAGCUCAGUCAUCCGCAGCCUCGCCUCGCACUGGGCAUGCUCAGUGGCCCGGCCCCGCUCGGCUGGCGAGUGGUAGCCUUGGGCGCUGGGCUCGGGUCGGCGGCAGCCCCUGCUCGGCUUCCCGCAGCCCGCGCUGGGCGCAGCGGCUCCUGAGCCCCGAGCGAGACUCGGCCCGCGGUCCCCGCACGGCGCCAGGCCCGCGGGAGCCGUGCGGUUCUGGAACCCGGGAGCCCCAACUUCGUGCCAACUUCGGCGUCGCCUUCUGGGGAGCCACGCAAAUGAUGACCAGGGACGUUUUGUUAGAAAUGGAGCAGGAGGAGGACGACGACGAGGAUGGAGAUAUCGAGUUGGAAAACCUUGAUCAGAUGAUUGUCUCCAAUUUUGGAACCCUGGACAGUCAGCAUGAUUUCAGAUCCCCAGAGUUUGAAGAAUUUAAUGGAAAGCCUGACUCCCUCUUUUUUAAUGAUGGCCAGCGAAGAAUCGACUUUGUUCUGGUGUAUGAAGAUGAAAGUAGAAAAGAGACCAAUAAAAAGCGUUCAAAUGAAAAACAAAAGCGAAAAAGACAAGCAUAUGAAUCUAACCUCAUCCAUGAUGGCCUGCAGCUAGAAGCAACAAGAUCAAUUUUGGACGACAAACUUGUAUUUGUAAAAGUACAUGCCCCUUGGGAGGUAUUAUGUACAUAUGCUGAGAUAAUGCACAUCAAAUUGCCUCUAAAACCCAAUGAUCUGAAAACCCGGUCCUCAGCCUUCAGUAAUUUCAACUGGUUUACCAAAGUCCUCCAAGUUGAUGAAAGUAUCAUCAAGCCAGAGCAAGAGUUUUUCACUGCCCCAUUUGAGAAGAACCGGAUGAGUGAUUUUUAUAUUCGUGAUAGAGAAACCUUCUUCAAUCCAGCCACGAGAAGCCGCAUUGUUUACUUUAUCCUCUCUCGGAUCAAGUAUCAAGUAAGGGACAACGUUAAAAAGUUUGGGAUUAACAAACUUGUGAGCUCCGGGAUCUACAAGGCAGCUUUUCCUCUCCAUGAUUGCAACUUCAGCCAUCCGUCAAAGGAUUUCAGCUGCCCAAAUGAACGGUACCUUCUGUACAGGGAAUGGGGUCAUCCUCGAAGCAUAUACAAAAAGCAGCCCUUGGAUCUUAUCAGGAAAUAUUAUGGCGAGAAGAUUGGAAUCUAUUUUGCUUGGCUGGGCUAUUACACUCAGAUGCUCCUCCUGGCAGCAGUUGUAGGAGUGGCUUGCUUUAUCUACGGAUAUGUUAAUCAAAAUAACUGUACAUGGAGCAAAGAAGUUUGUAAUCCUGAUAUUGGUGGCAAGAUCAUAAUGUGUCCUCAGUGUGAUUCUCAUUGUCAGUUCUGGAAACUCAAUAUUACUUGCGAGUCCUCAAAGAAAUUGUGCAUCUUUGACAGUUUUGGAACCCUAGUCUUUGCAGUGUUUAUGGGAGUAUGGGUUACUUUGUUUUUGGAGUUUUGGAAGCGGCGCCAGGCAGAACUUGAGUAUGAAUGGGACACUGUUGAGUUACAGCAGGAAGAACAACCCCGGCCAGAAUAUGAGGCACGUUGUACUCACGUGGUGAUAAACGAGAUUACUCAGGAUGAGCUGCACUCGUAUCCCAUAGUCGGAGGAAGCAUGAAGAAGGAAAACAUUUGUUCAGGGUCCGACUGUGUUCGGGCAGGGUGCGAGGCCUUUUACGUAACUGGAAAGGAAGAGGAACGCGUUCCCUUUACUACCUGGGGAAAAUGUAUACGUGUAGCCCUCUGUGCAAGUGCUGUCUUAUUCUGGAUCCUACUGAUCAUCGCUUCAGUUAUUGGGAUCAUUGUCUAUAGGCUCUCAGUGUUCAUUGUAUUUUCUGCAAAACUGCCCGAGAACCUUAAUGUAACAGACCCAAUCCAGAAGUAUCUGACUCCACAGACAGCCACGUCCAUCACUGCUUCCCUCAUCAGCUUUAUCAUCAUCAUGAUUCUGAACAUCAUCUAUGAAAAAGUGGCAAUCAUGAUAACUAAUUUUGAACUCCCAAGGACCCAGACUGAUUAUGAGAAUAGCUUAACCAUGAAGAUGUUCUUAUUCCAGUUUGUCAACUACUACUCUUCGUGUUUCUACAUUGCAUUCUUUAAGGGCAAAUUUGUAGGUUAUCCAGGAGAUCCAGUUUAUUGGCUGGGGAAAUAUAGAAAUGAAGAGUGUGACCCAGGUGGCUGUCUCUUUGAACUGACCACACAGCUGACAAUAAUCAUGGGAGGAAAAGCAAUCUGGAAUAACAUACAAGAGGUGUUACUCCCCUGGGUCAAGAAUCUAAUUGGACGCUGUCGCACAGUUUCAGGCUCAGAAAAGGUAACCCCACGAUGGGAACAAGACUAUCAUCUGCAGCUCAUGGGCAGCCUGGGAUUAUUUUACGAAUAUCUUGAAAUGAUUAUUCAGUUUGGGUUCGUCACCUUAUUUGUGGCCUCUUUUCCACUGGCCCCUCUGUUGGCUCUGGUGAACAAUAUAUUGGAAAUAAGAGUGGAUGCAUGGAAAAUGACCACCCAGUAUAGACGCAUGGUGCCAGAAAAAGCCCAAGACAUCGGAGCAUGGCAGCCCAUCAUGCAAGGAAUAGCAAUUCUGGCUGUGGUGACCAAUGCCAUGAUCAUUGCUUUCACAUCAGACAUGAUCCCCCGCCUGGUGUAUUACUGGUCCUUCUCCGUCCCUCCUUAUGGAGACCACACCCACCACACCAUGGAGGGAUACAUCAACAAUACUCUCUCCUACUUCAGUGUCGCGGACUUUAAAAACAGAAGCAAGGGAAAUACGUACUCUGGGCCUGGUGGUCAUACCAUGUGCAGGUAUCGUGAUUUCCGGUACCCUCCAGGACACCCACAACAAUAUAAACACAACAUCUACUAUUGGCAUGUGAUCGCAGCCAAGCUGGCUUUUAUCAUUGUCAUGGAGCAUGUCAUCUACUCUGUGAAAUUUUUCAUUUCCUAUGCAAUUCCAGAUGUAUCAAAAAGCACGAAGAGCAAGAUCAAGAGAGAAAAAUAUUUAACCCAAAAGCUUCUUCAUGAGAAUCACCUCAAAGAUAUGACAAAAACUAUGGAGGUCAUAUCUGAGAGGAUGGUAGAAGCAGUAGAUAACAAUUUACGACCAAAAUCAGAAUAAGAGCUUUAUGUUCUGAGAAGCACUUUAGAGAAUUUAGCUCUGUCAAAAAAUAUUAUGAAUCUCUAAUGAGAAUGUUUAAGGUCAGUCACUUUUUGGCAAAUAUGAGUGUUAACUAUUGCCAUUUUCAUGUAGAUUAUUUUUCGGUUUCAGCUAGUGAUGCAGGAACUAGAAAAUGUAAAAUUUAGAUCAAGAAGAACAUAAAACUAAUCACCUGGAAAACCUGAAACGUUACCUUUGAUAAAUUGGAAUUUCACAAUCACAGAAAAAGUCUCUUAAUGUGCUUAAAAACCGCCCCUUCUAAAGCAUGAUGGAUUUUUUUUCCUCCCAUUUGAUUGAUUUCAUUCAUUUCUGUUCUCAAGCACAUGGUCUUUAUUUUUAAGUAGUGUUUCAGUUCUUUGCUUUGCCACAUUGUUCCAGAGUUGUCUUUCCCUUACAGUGUCAUCAUUAAAGACAAAACAUUAUAGCUUUUGCAUGGUUAAACAUUGCUAACUCAGAACUCAGUUUGAAUGCUGGGUUAAGUGGCAAAUAGACUGAAGAAUUCACAAUAUUGAGGUGUAUUAUCACAGCUCUACAGAAAAGGAAACCUCAGUUAACAGGAAAUAGUUUGUCUUCAUUCUGGCUUAUCUUUCCAUCUCAAAGAAAUACUCUUAAUGGAUUGGAAUAAAAAUCGCAAGGAACUGAAGCAUAUUUGUGCUAAUCCACAGCGACACCUUUUAUCUUCUAGGAGCAGUCCUAGAAUGUUCUGUGCCUAAUCAACGUUGAAUGCUUUGCAACUCUCAAGGGAAUAUCGUGAAAAAAGCAAAGUUACAAAUUCAAAUAGAACUGUAACUCCUAUUGAUCAAGUAAAUUAAUUUACCUCUUCUAAAGAGGUAUAGUUUCUUGGAAAAAAAAAUGAAAGUGAUUAACAUUACAUUUCUAUCAACAUAAUGGUCUGGAGAGGAUAAAGCUCAUCCACUUCCUACCAGUUGCCCUUUAUUCAUUAGCUACAGGAAGCACAGUAUUACAAAUCAUAAGCACCAUCGCCAGUGGCUCACUAUAUGGCCAUCGUGACAUGACUGACGUGCACAGUGAAGAGAACGCCAAGUGCCCCAGCCUUGAGCCACAUUGUGUUCCUGUGUAGGGGGCGCCUUUUGGCAUGGAUUCUGCAUGUCCAAGCGAUUAGCAUACCAAAGCAUCAGCCACAGGUAACUCCUUGCACCCUCCAUUCUCCUGUGCCCAGCCCAGUAACUCGUUUCUAACUGCAUCUUUGCACCAGUGGAGCAUUUGUGGGGAAGGAACGGGAGAGACCCAGGUUAUUCCCAAUCAGGAAAAGAGACUUUGGAUUUGAUUUGAGUUACUAGCCUCCCUAAGGCCAAUCAGGCAUUAAGGUAAGAAAAGGAAAUGGUUUGGUCACAAAUCCUGCCAUCAGCUGGAAGUAUCUUCCUGCUAAAUUCCUGCACUAUGCAUAUCUUGCCCUCGAUUUGUUCAGCUCAGCAGUCUACAGCGCUUUACUGCCUUUCAGGUGCUAGAGCCUCCAGUAAGCACUGGAGACGACACAGGUCCGUACCCCUCACCCUUGACUGGUAAUAGGGCAGUGCUGGGUGCAGGAGAGGAGGUCUGGCACCAGGAUCUUGCUAAAUGGGCCACCACCCACUGGGAUGCUGCUAAAUGCCCAGGUGCAACAGGAGCCAAGCCACUCAGAACCCACUCAGCAGUAAAGGAAAAGGAAACAUGUUUAGUGAGCAGAUUUAGAGGCCUAUUAUAAUAGAGUAGCCUAACUCCAGGUCACAAUUCUAAAUGCCUGCCACAAAUAGUAAAAGAAAAAAAACAGUAUGUGUGUUAGAUUCAUCAAAGCAAUAUCUGGACUUUUGAGUUGUCCCAGUGGAUCAGAGACAACAUUUUACUAGCUUUCUUGGUAAUGCUAACGAGGAUCAGAACGUGCUUGCAACAGUCCAUGUGAGGUCUGACUGCACUGGGAAUGAGAAGUGAAUUUCUUCCCAGUGGGGAAACCCUUUUUUAUUCUGCGCAGCCUAGACACGGGUGCCACUCUUCCCUGCCCCGCUCACCUGUGAUACUGCUCUUGGAAAUGGUGUCGCCGUCUCUCAUAUUACCUCUUCUCUUCUCUGAACUGUAUGAUUAUCUCCUACUAUUGGAUUUGGCAAUUACUCAGUGCGUAUGGAAGCAUAGAAAAGGAAAUGUGUUUGCCUUAUCUCCUUGUAUAUAAGAUAUGACUUUAAAAGAAUUGUGCAUUUAUGUUUUCAUAAAUCAUCUUCCAUAAAUUGCCUUCCUGGUCUAAGAUGUGCUUCUGUGAAGAGGCAGGAAAAAACCCUCUACCUUUUUAAAGGCAGCAGGCAUGAUGUAUGACACUGCCAGUGUUUGCCAAACAGCUAAGAUGUAGUCGGGACCCAGGGUCACCCAUGACACUGACAGUGUUAAUGUAAGUCUAGCGCUGACUUGUUGGUGAAGGAAAAUGUGGGGCUGUCUGCGGCAGUCAUGGACUGGAUCUGUAAAUGUACCCAGAGGCAGCGCCCCUGGAAAAAUGGAUGGGUGUCGCAGUGGACCUGUGAAGGGAAAAUCUGGCCCCAGACCUGCCCAGUGUUAACCACUAGAGAAAUUUUCAUUUUGUAUCCUUUUGGUAAUGCCUGUGAAUUUUAAUGGAUUGAAGCAUUAGACCAAAAUACUCAGGGGAUUUUUCUUUAAAUAUCCCUCAGCUAUUUUAGUUAUGUAAAUAGAAAGGGAAGGCUGUCAUUUUUGUUUGAAAACUAAAUAAGUCCAUCUUAUAAACUGUCACCAAAGUCCUCCCUUUUAAUUGCACCUGCGUCUUGAAUUUCAGAAAACAUUAAUUCACAAUAGGGGGGCAGAAUGUGCUCUGUUCUUGAAACAUUUCUUGUACCAUUUUGUCAUGUUUGUAUUAUAUUUUAAGAUGUUUGAAAAAUCUAAAUGUAUGAGUAGCUUAACUAAAGUAGAACUAAAAUAUUCAUAAACAUUCAUACACUGUGGCAUAAAAUGUAAAGUUUGUAAUGUUUUGUGAUUUCUGUGCAUUUUAAUAUCCUUUUAUAAUUAUGUGCAUUUUAAUAAAAUUAUUUAAAAAAUAA